UAAAAAAUAAUUUGUUUUCAGUAAAAGUAAAAGUAGGCGAAAAAAAAAAAAACGAAUGAGGAUCUUACCCUCUCUACGGACUACGGCGUGUGCCUCCCCCUCCCCUUUUUCUCUCUCCUAACUCCUCAGUCACUUCCUUCAUUCUUCUCCAUCUUCUCCACGCACUUACUGAUAAACCCUAAUCUCCCCCAUUUCUUUAUCAAAUCCCUAAAUCGAUUAACGAAUCAGAUCGGAUUGAAACAACGCGAAGAAUAUGGGGACUCUUGGAAGAGCAAUUUACAGGGUGGGAUUUUGGAUCAGAGAGACUGGUCAAGCCAUGGAUCGUCUCGGAUGUCGUCUCCAAGGCAAUUACUACUUCCAUGAACAACUAUCUCGGCAUCGGACCCUCAUGAAUGUUUUUGACAAGAAGCCCAUUGUUGACAAGGACGCAUUCGUGGCACCAAGUGCAUCUGUUAUUGGUGAUGUGCAGAUUGGACAUGGUUCCUCCAUUUGGUAUGGAUGUGUCUUAAGAGGUGACGUGAACAACAUUAGUAUUGGAUCUGGGACCAACAUUCAGGACAACUCUCUUGUUCAUGUCGCAAAAACUAAUUUAGCUGGGAAGGUUUUGCCAACCAUUAUUGGGGAUAAUGUUACUGUAGGUCAUAGUGCUAUCUUACAUGGCUGUACUGUUGACGACGAGGCAUUUGUGGGCAUGGGUGCCACUUUACUUGAUGGUGUUGUGGUUGAAAAACACGCCAUGGUUGCUGCUGGAGCUCUUGUAAGACAGAACACUAGAAUUCCUUCUGGGCAGGUGUGGGGUGGAAAUCCGGCCAAAUUUCUCAGGAACCUAACCGAGGAAGAGAAAGAUUUCAUUGCCGUAUCUGCCAGUAAUUAUUCUAACCUGGCACAGGUUCACGCAGCUGAGAAUGACAAGGACUUUGAAACAAUCGAAUAUGAGAAGGUGUUGCGAAAGAAAUAUGCUCACAAAGAUGAGGAAUAUGACUCAAUGAUUGGUAUUGUCCGUGAAAUUCCCCCAGAACUCGUGCUCCCUGAAAACAUUCUGCCACAAAAUAAAGACGUACAGAAGUCUUCCUAAAACCAAUUUCUAUCCAGCAACUCUAGCUGUAACUUUGCUGGGGUUUUGUUAAAUGUUAUUUUUGUCAGCUAUGCUCAAAUAAUUACCAAGGAUGGCUGCUUCGGUUCCAAUAAUUUUUGUUUGUAUUAGAAUUUUUUAUCCUUGUUCCCUGCGAGGAAGAUUCAUUUUGGAUGUCAAAUUCAUACAUGAAGUGUAUGUUUUCGAGUUACUACUACAUGUGUUGCAUCCUAUUGCAGGCACUUGAAAUAAGGCGGAGAAAGCUAAAUAUAUUGAGCAAUGAGAUGAGGUACACAAUUCAGACA